AUGAUGCUAAAAACUCUUCCAGAAGAUCAUCCUUCAUUAGCUACUUCCUACAACAACAUCGCUGGAGUGUAUUACAACAUGGGUAACUACUCGAAAGCACUUGAAUUUUUCGAAAGAUCACAUAAAAUCCUCGAAAAAUCUCUGCCUUCGAAUCAUCCCUCACUGGCUACUUCCUACAACAACAUCGGUUCGGUGUAUGACAGUAUGGGUCACUACUCCAAAACACUUGAAUUUUACGACAAAGCACUUAAAAUAAAAGAAAAAGCUCUGCCUCCGAAUCAUCCAGAUUUGGCUACUUCGUACAACAACAUCGGUCAAGUGUAUUACAACAUGGGUGACUACUCGAAAGCACUUGAAUUUUACGAAAAAUCACAUAAAAUCUACGAAAAAGCUCUGCCUUCGAAUCAUCCCGAUUUGGCUACUUCCUACAACAACAUCGGUCAGGUGUAUAAGGACCUGGGUGACUACUCGAAAGCACAUGAAUUUUACGAAAAAUCACAUAAAAUUCUCGAAAAAGCUCUGCCUCCGAAUCAUCCCUUAUUGGCUACUUCCUACAACAACAUCGGUCAGGUGUAUAAGAACCUGGGUGACUACUCGAAAGCACUUGAAUAUUACGAAAAAUCACAUCAAAUCUACGAAAAAGCUCUACCUCCGAAUCAUCCCGAUUUGGCUACUUCCUACAACAGCAUCGGUUCGGUGUAUGACAGCAUGGGUCACUACUCCAAAACACUUGAAUUUUACGACAAAGCACUUAAAAUAAAAGAAAAAGCUCUGCCUCCGAAUCAUCCAGAUUUGGCUACUUCGUACAACAACAUCGGCUUGGUGUAUCACAACAUGGGUAACUACUCGAAAGCACUUGAAUAUUACGAAAAAUCACAUAAAAUCUUCGAAAAAGCUCUGCCUUCGAAUCAUCCCGAUUUGGCUACUUCCUACAACAACAUCGGUCUCGUGUAUAAGAACAUGGGUGACUACUCGAAAGCGCAUGAAUUUUACGAAAAAGCACUUAAAAUAAGAGAAAAAGCUCUGCCUCCGAAUCAUCCCGAUUUGGCUACUUCCUACAACAACAUUGGUACUGCAUAUUUCGGCAAAGGAGACUACUCGAAAGCACUUUCAUUCUUAGAAAAGGCACUUGCUAUUCGUCAAAAAUCACUUCCGUCAACACAUCCUCUAAUUAAAGAGACGAAAGAUAACAUUGAUCAUGUUAAAAAGAAAAUGUAA